AAUAAACUUAGCUUGACAUACAAGUAUAUUCAAAAUGUUCUUAAAGGCUCUGUGUGUAUUAGCAGUAUAUGCUGUAGUAGCAGCAUUCGCUCAUGAAGCCCAUUCAUCCCAAUUUCUUCAUAAACAUGAUCAUCAUCAUCAGAAAGUGGAAUUUAAAGACAAACAUGGGCAUCAUCACUACGACUAUUACACACAUCCUAAAUACGAAUUCGGGUACAAAGUAAAGGACCCUCAUACCCACGACCACAAGUCCCAGCACGAGCAUCGUCACCACGACAGUGUAAAGGGACACUACUCCCUGAAGGAACCUGACCACCAUCACGAGAGAGAAGUCCACUACCAUGCUGACAAACAUUCCGGUUUUCAUGCGGAUGUGAAGCACAGCAUUCACCACAUCGUUCCUCAUCAUCAUCAUCACUAAACAAUAACUAUUAUUGAUUACUUUU